UAUAAAUAUACCGCCAUAAAUUAAAUGCGACCUUUUUUUAAUUAAAACACUCUUUGAACUAAGACACCAUACUUAAAACUGCAUCACAGAGAAAUAACAUAAAUGAUGACAGCCUUUCACUGUAUGGAUUUUGAAUAAUUCAGGUUAAUCACCUCAGGUCCUCAGAAUUUAUUCCCUCAACCAAUCCAGUGGCAAUAUUCUUCUGGCGCAGGCAAAGUUGUAAAACUACUUUUAUUUGGAACCAUGUGUUGUUCACACGAUGUAUUAAUGGAUUAAUUUCUCCUUUCUGCUCGCCUCUUUUAGAUCAGGAGGCAACCUGCUCUCAGUUUUGCGAUGAUGUCUCCACGUUUCGUUGUGUUUGUGACAAUGAUGGUUCAUCACAUUUCCACUCGCCAUGUUUGGCUACAACGUUUCUGUGGUGCUAGCGCUGCGGGAGACGCGUCCACAACCACACAAGACGAGCAUACUAAGCGCAGAAUCGAGUCUGUAAUCGAGGCUCUUCGCCGAGUUGCGGAUGUCGAGCAGCAGCUUCGCGAAAACAAAGGUUGUGACAAGGUUGAUCUGUUGAACAUAACAUUCGACGAACGGCGGUGGAAAAAGGAAGCGCUCUUGACCGUCCAAGUAGCUAAUCUGAUGACGUCGUUGUGGCGUUCUCCUGGUGAAAACGGUUAUUCCGUUGCAGCGAACGACGCACUGUUGUACGACUUUGUACGUUCCAUCGUUUUGUUUUCGCCACCCGUUUUCGGAUCGGUAAUUUGCUUUGAUAACUACUUGUAUAAAAAUUACACAAGGUUUUGCCCGUACGCUUUCAGAGAUCCCGAACUGAACGGAAGCGUUCAUGUAAUUGAUAUAGUCAGCGCAAGUGAAGGGUAUGACUACACCACAGAUCAAAACGCCAUUUGGUGGCACAAACCGAAGCGCAAGGCGCUCAGUUUUAAACCCGCGAGAAUUAGUAGUUAUUACGAAGAACGUUUCAACACAACCACCAAAGAUGUGCUUCAAAAACGUACUUUCCCGCACGUGACGUUUGAGGACGGGGCCUGGACGCGUCCCUACUUUGACUGUUUUGGUGGCAAAGUUUGGAUGGUGACCUAUCUUGCUCCAUUUUACAAUGAAACGGAUGACUUUCUUGGCGUGGUCAGUAUAGAUGUUGUGCUCAGUGAUAUUGACAUCAACCAGUGUGAUGAUCAGGACUCCUCUGAAGCCGAUGAUGGAGAAAACGGUGGAAUAGACUAUACGCCGGGUAAUUUAAUGGAGUUUAUGGGAACUCACCUCUGCAAGCCAUCCACGAAGUGUCAAACUAUCGCCAACCAAGGAUUCAAAAGAGGAAGCUAUAUUUGCACGUGCAGGCGCGGCUAUUAUUUUCCGGAACGUCGUGCACCUUUAAAAGCCUUCAACGGAACCCUUAUCGAGCUUGAACACGACCGAAAGUUGCGAGGAGAACCGAACUCUUACGAAGAUAGCUUCGAGUGCAUUCGUUGCAGCACUGGGUGUGACGAGUGCGUUGACGACAGUCCAUGCCUUUACAGCCGGAAGAUUGUGAUCAGAUUGACGUUGUGUGCUCUCAAUGGCGUUAUCAUGGGCGUGACGGUAGCGUUUGCGGUGUACGUAGGACUGCACUGGAAGGACACGGUAUGCGAUAGGUACUUUGGAAAUGUUCUUUUUAUCAGGGAGAAAUCGUGGAAAUUAAGUCAGGGAAUUUUGAAAAGUGAUGUGAUCAGGACUAGGUCUCGAGUUUUGUCAGGCUCAACCUCAACAAUAACAACAAUGCAACAGCAACAGCAACAACAACAACAACAAAAACUUCGUUUCAACCCAGAGCUAGGAGAGAAGAAUAAAAUACAAAUGUUAUGUGAAACCAAACUGUGUUCGUGUAAAUACUUGCGAGCAAUAACGAGGGUACCAAAUUGCAGGCAUCUUUCUUUCUUUCAGAUAUUUAAGGCCUCCAGUCCAAAGUUCAUGGAAGUUAUUUUAUUGGGCGCCAUAUGCACGUAUUGUACGCUUAUCGUUUCAUACUUCCAACCCACCAAUACCCUCUGUAUUGCCCGACCGUGGCUGCGCCAUAUUGGAUUCGUUCUUGUUUACGGACCUUUGGCUUUGAAAACAUGGAGGGUCGCAUUAAUUUUUCGUGUACGCUCAGCCCAGAAACUUGCCCUUUCUGACGGAGUGUUGCUAAAGCGCCUGUGCCUCCUGGUGCUACUCUAUUCCAGUUAUCUGACUGUCUGGACAGUCAUGCAGCCACCCAUUAUUGAGACAGCAGUGACAGCCGAUGACCUGAAGUACGAGCGAUGUGUGGAGAAUUGGUUUGAUCUCACAAUUAUAUUCGGGGACAUAGUGGUGUUGAUUUGGGGAAUGUGGCUUUGCUAUAAAAUCCGGAAUGCACCGGCCGCUUACAAUGAGAGCAAGUUCAUAAGUUGGGCCAUUUAUAACGCUAUGUUCGUCACCAGUUUCCUCAUGGUAGUCAGGUUAGAGUUCCCAUGCCCUUCUACGACAUUUGAAUCCAAGAUGGCGGCUUUUCGACUUCCACAGAGGUUUUGCUUCUGUGGUUGUGUAGAUUUGUUAUAAAGCAGCUGUUAAUCAUGUUAAUAUGCAUUUGAUAAAUCCUCAUCAAAAUUGAACUUAACUUGAGGAAACCGAACUGUCAAGAAGUGUAAGAUUUGUCAAAUUAUAGUGAAAACUGACGGAGGUAUACAAAAGGAGAAAGUACGAUAUCACUGAUAAAUAAAACUCAAGUGGAGACGAAUUGCUUCAGAAACAAAUGACUUCGAAUUUUUAGAAACAUUCAAUUGUUAGAGAUCUUUUACUUUUCUACAUCAUGUUUUUUAAUACUGACAUUUAUUUCUGUCGAUAUCAGAGUUACAACGAAAGGAAACACUAACCCAGACAUGAUGUAUGCGUUGGAUUUUGUCCUGAUUCACAUGAACUGUUCCACCGUGUUAAUUCUCAUGUUCAUCCACAAGGUACGCUAAUUGUUCUUAUAGGGACUGCAUGCACAGACCAAAUCCCUCUCCCCCCUCCA